AUGCUCUACUCUGUGAUACGCAGCCGCGGCCCCGCCCUCCGGACGCACUUCCCCUCUCCUCGGUUCCUGUCCUCAAUGCGCCUCCUCACUCCCUCGCCUGAAUUAGUCUGCCUGCAGCCCCGUGCGCGGCGGUCGUUUCUGGACUACCACUGCCACACAACGCUCAAGUUCCAAGUGCACGAGGAUGAUCCACAACCCCGCGCGCGGCGGUCGUUCCUGGACUACCACUGCCACACGACGCUCAAGUUCCAGGUGCACGAGGUGGCGUGCCGCGUGGCUGACGUCACCGCGCGCGAGUGGGGGACGCUCUCCGCGUCUGGCGGUGAGCUGGACGUGACGCAGGCAUGCAAAGACAUGGUGGUGGGCGUUCUAGGAGGCUCCUUAUUCGGCCCCGCGUUCCCCGACUCGGACCUGAAGGACCGCGUUGCCAGCGACUUGGAGUUUUUCGCGCACUCAGUGCAGGAUUUCUCGAGCUUUGGUUACCUUCCGGUGUGGCUGCCAGCUUAUCGGAAGCUGAUGAGUGUAGCGGAGGACUAUAGAGGCGCGAUUCACCAGCUUGUAUCGGGUACGUUUGCCAAGGACGUGAAUCAGCAGAAGGGGGAGCAUGGCGAGGGGUCAGGGGAAGGAGGGGUGGGGGGGGAAGCUGGUAGCAGCGGUGGUGGUGGGCAGGCCAAGGGCUCGGAGGGCCAGACUAAACGGGAGCAGCAACAGCAGCAGGAGGAACAGCAGAAGACACAGCAGCAGGAGAAGGAACAGGAGCAGCAGCAGCCGCAGCUGCUGAGGGAGAGCUUUCUCUCAGCUAUGCUAGCAGAGCGCUCCGCUUUAGGACAACCCGUUUACACGCAGGAAGUAGCGCAAGCAGAAGCAGCAGCACUCAUGUUUCAUGGAUACCUGCUCGUGCCUGCGCUCUUAAAACGCGUACUUGUAUGCCUCUCGCUACACCCAGAGGUGCAGGACCGCGUGUUUCGGGAGAUCAGAGCUGUGUGCGGUAACGAGGCGCCUAAAGACGAGGAUUUGCUGCGUUUGGAUUAUCUGAAUGCGGUGAUAUACGAGGCAGCGCGGUGCAUGCCGGUUUUCCCCAUGCUCACGCGCGCUGCGAUGAACGAGGAUCUAUGGCUGUCUGCUCCCAGCAGCAGGGAGGAUCAACGGCUGUCCGCCCCCAGUGGCUUUGGCAGUGGUGGUGUUGGUGCUGCUAAAGGGUGGGAAACGGGUGGUGGUAACGGCACUGAGGGAGGUAAUAACGGGGAUGGGGUGGGUGGUGGUGGUGGUGGUGGUGGUGGUGGUGGUGGUGGUGGUGGGAGCGACAGCGGCAGCAGCAGCAGCAGCAGCAGCGCGUUCCACUUGGUGCCGUCAGGGGCGAUCCUAGCCUUGCCCAUAUACCAGCUACAGCUGAACCCUGCCCUGUGGGGCAGCGACGCAGCAGAAUUCAACCCUGAUAGGUUCAUCCACUUCCGCUGGCAUGGCCCUCAGCAGCAGCAGCAGCAACAACAACACCACCACCACCUGCACCACCACAACCAAUACGAGCCCCGUUCUCACUCCUUCGCCAAACGAGACACCCACGUGGGCGUGGGGCUAGGCCCUAUGGGCCACUGGGAGGGGCUGCAGAGGUUCCCAGGCGAGGGGACAGGGCGGGAACAGGAGGAGGGAGGGAGAAAACCGGGGGAAGCAGCGGGUGUGAGAGGUGCGAGUCCGUGGAGGGAGGGGAAGAUGGUACCCGGGCAUGACUAUGAGUUUGUGGCGCCCGAGCCGGGGCCGCAGUUCCUCAUGUUUGGUGCAGGCGCUCGGUCGUGCGUGGGGCAGCGGCUGUCGCUGAAGAUCAUCCGCGCUGCUGUCGCCAUCCUGCUGCACCGAUUCGAGGUCCGCAGCCGCACCCCUGCCUUGCUCACCACCACUGCCACCUGCUUUUGA